AACAGAAGCAACCGUCUUACACUAAUUGAAUUAUUUAUAGAGUAUAUUUCAGCAUCUGACAUUUAAGUUAUUUGUUGCUUUGUUAGAGCCGAGGAGCACAACAACAAGGUUUAUUGCAUAAACUAAUCAGAAUGACUACAAAAUUUACAAUCAAUGGAUUGCCAUAUACGGUGAAUCUCACCAACCUGCCGCCGGAUAUCACCCUGAAUACCUUCAUCCGGGAGCAUGCCCAGCUUACGGCCACCAAGUUCAUGUGUCAGGAGGGAGGGUGUGGAGCUUGUGUCUGUGUGGUGCGCGAUGGAAAACGUAGCUGGGCUGUGAACUCGUGCCUCACUCUACUCAACACCUGCGCCAAUCUGGAGAUCGUCACGGCCGAGGGGUUGGGCAACCUGCGCACGGGUUACAAUCCCAUCCAGAAGAGACUGGCCAAGAUGAACGGCACCCAGUGCGGCUUCUGCUCCCCGGGAUUCGUAAUGAAUAUGUAUGGGUUGCUGCAGCAAAACGACGGAAAAGUGUCCAUGACAGAAGUGGAGAACUCCUUCGGGGGCAACAUAUGCCGGUGCACUGGCUACCGACCCAUUCUGGAUGCCAUGAAGUCCUUCGCUGUGGACAGCAACAUCCAGGUCCCCAAGGAGUGUGCCGACAUCGAGGAUCUUAAGCCCCGCAACUGUCCCAAGACGGGAUUAGCCUGCAGCGGCACCUGCGAUCAGUCCCGAACCAACUUGGUCUACGACGAUGGAAGCCAGUGGCAUUGGCCCAAGAAUCUCACCGACUUGUUCGAGGCUCUUGAGAAGGUCAAGGAUUCCGAGGAGUUCAUGCUGGUGGCAGGAAACACCGCUCACGGUGUCUACCGAAGAUCAUCCGAAAUAAAGCACUUUAUCGAUGUGAAUGGAGUGGAGGAACUGCAUCAGCACGGCAUCGAAGGGAAUGAGCUUAUGCUUGGAGCUAACCUCAGUCUCACUCAGACUAUGGAAAUCAUUCGGACGGCCACGAAACAGCCAGGAUUUGAGUACCUGGAAGUCCUCUGGAAUCACAUUGAUUUGAUUGCCAACGUACCAGUCCGCAACUCGGGAACUUUGGCUGGCAACAUCUCGAUAAAAAAGCAACAUCCUGAGUUCCCAUCGGAUAUCUUCAUAUCCUUUGAAGCUCUCGACGUAAAAGUCUUGGCCGCCAAAAAUGCCACUGAAGAUCAGAAACUGACUUUGUCGGAGUAUUUGAGUUUAAACGACAGAAAGCUGGUGCUCAAGAGUUUUAUCCUUCCGGCUUAUCCUAAGGACACUUACAUCUACGACUCUUACAAGAUCAUGCCACGAGCCCAGAACGCACACGCUUAUGUAAACGCAGCUUUCCUCUUGGAAUUGGAAACUGACUCCAAAGUGAAAUCCGCCCGCAUCUGCUUCGGAGGAAUCCGACCCGAUUUCGUUCACGCCUCGGGGGUGGAGAAGUUGCUGGUGGGUCAGAAUCCCUACGAAAACAAUUCGGUGGAACAGACAUUCAAGAAACUCGGGGAAGUGAUCGAAUCUGAUGAAGUGCUACCUGACGCCAGUCCCGCUUACCGAACCAAGUUAGCCUGUGGACUUCUCUACAAGUUUCUCUUGAAACACGCUCCCACGGCCAAUGUCAGCGAGAAGUUUAAGAGUGGAGGCCAGAUCCUCCAGCGUCCGCUGUCCUCUGGACUACAGCAGUUCCAGACUCAGAAAAGAAGUUACCCCGUCACCCAGGCUGUCGAGAAGGUGGAGGGAAUGAUCCAGUGCUCCGGGGAAGCCACCUACAUGAAUGAUGUGUUGACUACUUCGAACGCUGUCCACUGUGCUUUUGUUGGUGCCACCAAGGUGGGAGCCACCAUCGACCAGAUCGACGCAUCGGAGGCUCUAAAGCAGCCAGGAGUAAUAGUUUUCUAUUCUGCAAAGGACAUUCCUGGAACGAAUACCUUUGUGGAGCCCAGUUUCGGGUUUGUGGCUGAGGAGAUCUUUUGCUCGGGACUAGUUCGUCAUUCGGAGCAGCCCGCUGGAGUUGUUGUGGCUCUCACGGCCGAUCAAGCCCAUCGAGCAGCCAAGCUGGUGAAAAUAAGCUACAGUAAUCCCAGCCCCGACUUCAAGUUGUUGCCGAGCUUGACGGAUGUGUUUGCAUCUUCCACUCCUGAUCCCUCCCGAAUUGUGGCUGUUUCUGAGUCAAAAAUAAAAAAGAUCAAGUUUUCGGAUCAGCCUGAUAAGGAGGUUCGAGGCAUUUUUCAGAUGGGAUUGCAGUAUCACUUCACCAUGGAACCCCACACAACAGUGGCUAUUCCCUUCGAGGAUGGCCUAAAAGUCUUCUCGGCUACCCAAUGGAUGGACCUCACCCAGUCAGUCAUUGCUCACAUGAUCCAGGUGAAGGCCAAGGAUGUCCAGCUACAGGUUCGUAGAUUGGGCGGAGGAUACGGCUCUAAGAUUACCCGUGGCAACCAGGUGGCCUGUGCCGCAGCCUUGGCGGCUUACAAGCUCAAUCGUCCUGCCCGCUUUGUGCAAACAAUAGAGUCCAUGAUGGACUGCAAUGGAAAGCGGUGGGCCUGCCGUUCGGAUUAUCAGUGUCAUGUUAAAUCGAAUGGCAAGAUUGUCGGAAUGUCCAACGAUUUUUACGAAGACGCAGGCUGGAAUCUUAACGAGAGCCCCAUUGAUGGCCACUCGACCUUCACCGCCGCUAACUGCUACGAAUUUACGGGUGAGAACUUCAAGAUCAAUGGCAAUGCGGUGCUCACAGAUGCCCCCAGUUCCACCUGGUGUCGGGCUCCGGGGUCGGUAGAGGGAAUCGCCAUGAUGGAGAACAUCGUCGAGCACGUAGCAUUUGAGGUGCAGAAAGACCCAGCCGAAGUGCGACUUCUAAACAUAGCUGCCGGGAAUAAAAUGACCGAUCUGCUGCCCCAAUUCCUUCAGUCCAGGGAGUAUUACAAGAGAAAGCAGCAGAUAGAGACGCACAAUUCCAAAAAUCGCUGGACAAAGCGAGGCCUCGGAUUGGCGGUAAUGGACUAUCCCAUCUUCUACUUUGGGCAGUACCCGGCUACAGUCGCCAUUUAUCAUGUGGACGGAACCGUUGUGGUCACCCAUGGAGGCAUCGAAAUGGGACAAGGCAUGAAUACUAAGGUAGCUCAAGUGGCUGCCUUCACUUUGGGCAUCGAUCUGAGCUUUGUCAAAGUGGAGUCCUCGGACACCAUCAAUGGGGCCAAUUGUAUGGUCACUGGAGGGGCUGUGGGCAGCGAGAGUCUUUGCUUUGCGGUUCGAAAAGCCUGUGAUACACUCAAUGAUCGUUUAAAGGCGGUGAAGAAAGACGGUGCCAGUUGGGUGGAGACCGUAGAAGCAGCAUACGCAAAAUCCAUCAAUCUUAUUGCUUCGGAUCACUACAAGGAAGGCGACAUGCAGAACUACCAUGUUUACGGGCUGGCCCUUACGGAAAUAGAACUGGAUGUUCUCACAGGAAAUAAUCAGAUCACACGGGUUGACAUUUUGGAGGAUGCUGGUGAAAGUCUGAGUCCGUACAUUGAUGUGGGCCAGGUCGAGGGAGCCUUCGUCAUGUGCUUGGGCUACUGGCUAAGUGAGCAGCUGGUCUAUGAUCGCGAAACGGGUCGUCUGCUCACCAACCGCACCUGGAAUUACAAGCCGCCGGGCGCCAAGGACAUACCCAUCGACUUCCGCAUUGAGCUUAUCCAGAAGCCCAAUCCAAAUGGGGCAGGGUUCAUGCGAUCGAAGGCGACUGGAGAACCUCCUUGCUGCCUGGCCGUGAGUGUGGUCUUUGCUCUACAGCAGGCCCUGCAGUCCGCACGCCAGGAUGCGGGACUUCCGAGGGAGUGGGUGCGUCUGGGAGCUCCUACCACUCCCGAAACUUUGGUGCUAAAUGCGGGCCAUGAGGUGGCAACUUUUAGGCUUAAAUAAAGAUUAUUUUCUG